AAGUGGAGUACUAAAAACCCGAACUAUACAGCACAUACUUUCAUCAGACAACCGGAACAAACCUCCCAGCUCGGGAGACGGUCAUAAGAGAAGUGUGUAUGGUAGUUCCGACUCAUAUGAUUAUUGGAGCAGGAAAACGCUAGAGGAAGAAGAUGAUGAUUGCAGCUAAUGCGUCCAUACCAUUUGACCCAUCAACGAAUUUGCCUAAAUCCCAUCUCCGCCCUCCUAAACCUCGACUCUCUAAACUACCACUCUUUCUGCUCCCAUUUUCUGGACAAGUGUUCAUCUCUCAUUUGCAGCAUAGACAUCUCCAUGUCAGUCCCACCGCAUUCAGAGUCACCGCUUGUCAAGCGUCUUCUUCAACCCCUACGAGUUCCAACUCAGCUGGUGAAGACGCCGAGUCGCUAUUCGAGAACUUGAAGGAGGCUGAAAGAGAGAGGAUAAAUAGUUUACAGGAGUUUGAAAGAAAGGCAAAUGUUCAAUUAGAGAGGCAGCUUGUGUUAGCUUCUGAAUGGAGCAGAAAGCUAUUAACCAUGCGUGGAAAGCUGAAAGGAACCGAAUGGGACCCUGUGACUUCUCAUCGAAUAAGCUACAGUGAUUUCCUGCAGUUGCUUAACUCAAAAAAUGUGCAGUUUAUGGAGUACUCUAAUUAUGGCCAGUCAGUAUCUGUCAUUCUGCCGUAUUACAAAGAUGGGAAAAUGGAAGACCCAAAGGGGGAUAGAAGACAGGAAAUUGUAUUCAAGCGCCACAUUGUUGAGCGGAUGCCAAUGGAUUGCUGGAAAGAUGUUUGGAGGAAGUUGCAUCAACAGCUUGUAAAUGUUGAUGUCUACAAUGUGAAAGCACUCCCGUUUGAAGUAUAUUCUAGUGUUGCAGUUGCAGUUGUGUGGUCUAUGAGGCUUGCUCUUGCAGUUGCACUGUAUAUUUGGAUUGAUAAUAAGAUGAGACCAAUUUAUACAAAACUAAUACCUUGGGAUUUAGGACCUCCUUCCAAGAAGAAAAAUAUUCCAAUAACUAAUCCUUCUCUGGGUUCAUUAGGAAAGAGCAGGGCAAAAUUCAUAUCAGCAGAAGAAAAGACUGGUGUCACUUUUGAUGAUUUUGCUGGCCAAGAAUAUAUUAAGAGGGAACUGCAAGAGAUUGUUCGGAUACUGAAAAGUGAGGAAGAAUUUCGAGGCAAGGGCAUUUAUUGCCCAAAAGGAGUGCUUUUCUAUGGUCCUCCUGGAACUGGCAAAACUCUUCUAGCAAAAGCGAUAGCUGGUGAAGCAGGACUUCCUUUUUUUGCUGCUAAUGGCACUGAUUUUGUUGAGAUGUUUGUUGGUGUGGCCGCUUCACGAGUAAAAGACCUUUUUUCCAGUGCCAGAUCCUAUGCCCCUUCCAUUAUUUUCAUUGAUGAGAUAGAUGCAAUUGGCAGCAAACGGGGUGGACCAGAUAUUGGCGGAGGUGGUGCUGAAAGGGAGCAAGGCCUCCUUCAAAUACUAACAGAAAUGGAUGGGUUCAAGGUUUCCACAUCACAGGUUUUAGUCAUUGGCGCAACAAAUCGGUUGGAUAUCCUCGAUCCUGCUCUAUUGCGGAAGGGCCGUUUUGACAAGAUUAUAAGGGUUGGUUUGCCAUCAAAGGAUGGUAGAUUGGCCAUAUUGAAGGUACAUGCUCGAAACAAAUUUUUCCGCUCUGAAGAAGAGAAGGAGACUUUACUGCAGGAAAUUGCUGAACAGACAGAAGAUUUUACUGGGGCAGAACUUCAAAAUAUUUUGAAUGAAGCUGGAAUAUUGACUACCAGGACAGACGCAGACUACAUAGGAAGAGAAGAGCUUCUCGAGGCUCUGAAGAGGCAAAUGGGCACAUUUGAAACUGGUCAAGAGGAUCGCCCAGAGGUCCCUGAGGAACUAAAAGUGAGACUUGCAUAUCGAGAAGCUGCUGUUGCAGUUGUUGCAUGUUCCAUUCCCGAUCCACACUGCCCCUUCACUGAGACUCAUGUGAACUCCAUUAGUAGUAAACCAAAUAUGCAGUAUACAGCAGUGGCAGGCAGAGUAUUUAAAAAGAAAUCUGAUUAUGUGAAUGCAGUAGUGCGUUCUUGUGCUCCCAGAGUCAUUGAGGUCGAGAUGUUUGGAGUUGACAAUUUGUGCUGGAUCUCUGCAAAUGCCACUUUAGAAGCUUCUACGCUUGCAGAGCGUUUGAUUCUACAGACAGGAAUGACUGCACUCGGGAAAGCUUACUACAGAUACCAGAGAGAUCUUGUGCCAAAUUUAGCUGCUAAAAUUGAAGCUCUUCGAGAUGAAUAUAUUCGUUUUGCUGUGGAGAAAUGUGGAUCUAUACUGAAAGAGAACCAUGUUGCUGUAGAGACCAUUACAGAUAUUUUACUUGAGAAAGGAGAGAUCAAAGCUGAUGAAAUUUGGAGCACAUACGAAAGUUGCCCUCGAGUACCUCAGCCGGCUGUUAGGCCAAUUGAUGAAUAUGGAGCCCUUGUUUAUGCUGGAAGAUGGGGAAUUCAUGGUGCUUCACUUCCAGGGAGGGUGACUUUUGCCCCUGGAAAUGUUGGCUUUUCAACCUUUGGUGCAUCACGUCCUAUACAGACACAGGUCAUUAGUGAUGAAACAUGGAAGCUAGUAGAUGGAAUAUGGGAUAAAAGGGUUGAGGAAAUCAAAGCUGAGGCAUCUUUGGAAGUUAAAGAAGACGAGGAGAAGCCACAAGUUCUUCUAGCCAGUCAUUUCCUGUAGCACAUCAUAUUAGUCUCAGAAGGUAGGUAUUUGGUUUGGUCAUGCUUGUUUUUCUUGAAAGAGCAGAUAUUUGGGCAGAUGAGUCUUUAGAUCUGUUUGGAGACGCUUAGAUCAGGUUUACAGCAGAACAGUUGACCCAAAAUCGAGAGAGAGAGACAGAGAGCAUUUGUUGGGGUCGUCAUCCGUAAGAACUAUAGACUUGAGUUUCCUUCACUGGUUCCCCUUCAUUUGGAGAAAACUCUACUCGCCUUCUCUAUUAUCCAUGUCAAGGUUCCACAACAGGAGCAGGUUUACCCGGCUAAAGGUCCAGCUCCACCCUUCUAUCUUACUGAAACUGUCCGGUCAUGAACCAGAACUACACCAGGUCCGGCUUGGCUCCACCCUAGUUUAGGGUCAGGCCUAUUGGAAUGGUGAAAUGAUGUUGGAGAAAACAUGCAUGAAAAUGUAGGAGUAAUUUGGAACGAACGGAAAUAUUGGGAAAAAUAAAAGGCAAAUUCUAAUUCAUUUUUAAUGUUUGUCUGGGUUCGUUUUAUUUAC